UUUAGGGUAUGAAUGCAAAAUUUAAAAAAAAGAAAUAUUUAUUCAAAGUUUGAAAAAACGAUUUUUAUCGCGUUUAAUACUUUCUCAUUGUACAUAAAUGUACUAAAAUUGAAGCUUGAACAGUAAAUCUAGCUCCACAAUUUUUACUUAUUUAUUUUGUUUAGUUAUUCAUUAGUUAUAGUAGAGUAAUUAUUAUUUUUUUAUUCAUUUAUUUAUUCUUCGAUAUGCAAAUAGUUUUUCGAAUUUAAUAAGAAUUUACUGAAAAAAUAAGGGAGUAAAAUUUUUUGAAGCAAAAUUUACUUUGAUUUGUGCUGAUGUCUUUUCAAGGGAGGACUUUUCCUCUAUAUUUUAUAAGAACAUCCAUGUGUCCUAAAAUAAAAGGUGUUUUGAAAUAUUUCUUGGUAACAGCUUGCAGACAUAAGUCAUUCUUAAAAAGUACUAAAAACAGUAAAAUCAUUUCGAAUGAAGAAAAAAAUUUGAAUCACCAACCAAGCUUGUUUCUUGAUGACCUCAAUUCUGCUGACUUAUCUGUGGUCGCUGAAAGGUUUAAACUUAAGGGUUUGAAUGUAGAUUAUUUUUAUAAAUAUGGUGUCAAAGCUACAGCUGACCUAUUUUCUUUGUUAUUUCCAUUUGAUUCAAUGGAUAGAGAGUUUUCUGCCAUCCAAAGUUUGAGCUAUAAAAAAGAGACAAAGAUCACAACCUUUAAAUAUUCAGAUAUGUACCUUUUUGGUUGGUCAUCUGUGAGUGCGGUGGAAAAGGAAAUUGUGAUUGUGUCCGAUCCUCUGGACGUCAUUGCCGUCCAUCAAGAAACAGACAAACCGGCUGUUUCUUUGUCAUGCGACCUUCUUCAUCUCUCUCCGCAGCUCAUCACGUCUUUUAAAUCUUUUCAAAAAGUUAUUUUGUGGUUGAAUAGUGAACAACUGUGCCCUGAUGUUUUAAGUUUUGUUGCACAAUCACUUGGAAAAAACAUUUUUUUAAUAAGGCCUCAAGAUUAUUCUAAUGCCCUGUCAUGCCUUCAGUCUGGACUGAAAAUUAAGCAAAUCUUGAGAAAUGCUGAGGGCAUCUAUCAUGAAGGUGUGGAUUCACUGAGUCCUUACAGAAUGGUUUUGCUAGACCGGUUCAAAAACAGUGAAAAACAUUCUGGUCUUAAGUGGAAAAGAUUUUCUGCUUUGAAUGAAAUACUGAAAGGACAUCGAAAAGGAGAGCUGACAGUAUUUUCUGGUCAAACAGGUACUGGAAAAACUACUUUUGUCAGCGAAUACAGUCUUGAUUUGUGUGUUCAAGGACUUCCAACUUUGUGGGCAAGUUUUGAAAUAUCAAAUGAACGAUUGCUGGAAAUUAUGUUUUGUCAAUAUGCUCAGUGUUCAUUUAUUGAAAAUACAGAAGAAUUUCAUCAGUGGUUUGAUAAAUUUGAGAAACUUCCAAUGUAUGUUCUUAACAUUCGAGGACGCCAAAGUGUGAAGGAAAUGUUUCAGGCUAUGAGGUUAUAUGUCCGAGUUUAUAAUGUCAGCCAUAUUGUUGUUGAUAACUUACAAUUUAUGAUGAAUAUUGAAAACUUGAAUUCUUCAAUGGAUCAGCUGCGAAAACAGGACGAAAUAUUUGGAGCUUUCAGAGGAUUUGCAACUCAGUUCCAUUGUCACGUCACUCUCGUCAUUCAUCCUCGAAAGGAACCAGAAUUUACAGAAUUGAAUAAUGCAUCUAUAUCUGGAACUUCAAAAGCCACUCAGGAAGCAGAUAAUAUUUUGAUAUUACAGAACACGAAAACUCGUCAGUACAUACACAUAACUAAAAACAGAUUUUGUGGAGCUAAAGGAUGUGUGAUGGUGGAGUUUAAUAAGAACAAUUACACUUUUAAGCAAAGUAAAAUGAAUACCGCAUCAUCGAGUGAUGGAGCGACUGGAAGAAAAGUGUUAUGACAGUGGAACUUUCUCAUCAAGUCAUUAUUAAUCAAAUCAUCUUAUCAAAUAUUGUUUCAUAAAUCAUUUUAAUAAAAAAGGAUGUUUCCCUCAUUUUUUCUUAGUUUGAUAAGACAUCUAUUUCUGAAGAAUCUUUUAUCUUUUUUGAAAGAGAAUUUAUUCCCUUUAUUGAUGACAUUGAAGCUAACUUUGAAUGUGCACUUUGGUUAAGUGAUUACGUGACUUACACUGAUUACGUGAGUGCUCUACGGAUUCCUUGUAGAAAGGUCGUUAUAUGAAAAAAAUAAGUUUUGUAUUGAAGCGGAUGAGAAUGACACAAUUAAUGAAGGCAACGAUGCAAACAAGUCAGAUGAAAAUGUCAAGAUAUUGCCUGAUGAGAGAUAGAAGAAUACGACUUUUGACCACAGAUUCUGUAUUGUGAAAUAUUUAUGUAAAAAAGAUAUUUAUUAAAUUUUUGAUUUCUUUUUCACUUGAAUUAAAGUGACUUUCUAUUAA